UCCGACCAAAACAAAAUGGCCGGGCAAUUUCUAGCGAGCGCGCCCUCAGAAUUAACUUAGCAGGCGCCAAAGCUGAUGCGCAGGGGACGUCAUUACGUUAGCGUCGGGCGCAGGAGUAUUUAGUGAACCUGAGCCCGCGCAGACUCGGAAAACUCCGGCGAACCUAAGAAUGGCGGGUACGGGUUUGGUGGCUGGAGAGGUGGUGGUGGAUGCGCUGCCGUAUUUUGACCAAGGUUAUGAAGCGCCUGGUGUGCGGGAAGCGGCUGCGGCAUUGGUGGAGGAGGAAACACGCAGAUACCGACCUACCAAGAACUACCUGAGCUACCUGACAGCCCCGGAUUAUUCCGCUUUUGAAACCGACAUAAUGAGAAAUGAAUUUGAAAGAUUGGCUGCUCGACAACCAAUUGAAUUGCUCAGUAUGAAACGAUAUGAACUUCCAGCCCCUUCCUCGGGUCAGAAAAAUGACAUUACUGCGUGGCAAGAAUGCGUAAACAAUUCUAUGGCCCAGUUAGAGCAUCAAGCGGUUCGAAUUGAGAAUCUGGAACUAAUGUCACAGCAUGGAUGCAAUGCCUGGAAAGUGUAUAAUGAAAAUCUAGUUCAUAUGAUUGAACAUGCACAGAAAGAGCUCCAGAAGUUAAGGAAACAUAUUCAAGACUUAAACUGGCAGCGAAAGAACAUGCAACUUACAGCUGGAUCUAAAUUAAGAGAAAUGGAGUCAACUUGGGUAUCCCUGGUCAGUAAGAAUUAUGAGAUUGAAAGGACUAUUGUACAAUUAGAAAAUGAACUCUUUCAAAUGAAGCAGCAACAUGGAGAGGCAAACAAAGAAAACAUACGGCAAGACUUCUGAAAAAGACUAAUCUGGUGGGUAGAAAGGAAGGCAUGUUGGGCUUUCACAGAAGAUCAAACAUCUGAACUGUGAAGAACAACAGCAUCUUAUGGAAAUCAUCAGUGGUUACAUGUUUAGAAAGCAUAGAAUGUGGACUGUUAUAUUGUUUGUACAUUUCAGCAAAAUAAAAAAUU